UUCCGGUUUACAACAUACCAAAUGUUUCGGACUGCUUUUACUCGCUACGGUUUCACCCCCGCACUCAUCCGAAAUACGCAGCUCGUUUGGUAGACCCACUACCUUUGAGAGUGUCGGAUUUUCCAGUCUUUACGGUGUAUCUUCGGGCAUAUGACGCUUCAGAACACCCCAACUCGAGGAGGAAAGAUAUAAAAUGGGUCAGGUCUGGCCUCGAUCGGAGUGUUUUCUUGGCCAUUCCAACCUCCAGAAGUUUUAGACGAAUACCUCUCAUAUAUACCCGCCAGGAUGGCCUCUCUUCGCCUCCUGUUGUCCGCGUUGACACUGGGCACCGCGGCCCUUGCGCAGAAUGACGAGUUUCAAGCCCGAUGUGAGAGCUUUGCAAACGAGAUUGACAUCCCCCAUGUCAAGGUGAAUUUUGCAAGCUACCUUCCUGGAGGCACCAAUCUGUCGCUGGUGGACAACGACCCGACUUGUGGAGCGGCCUACCAGGGAGUCACGGCCGAUACCUGUCGAAUUGCGAUGGCCGUUGCGACGUCGAGUAGCAGCGAGAUUACCCUCGAGGCGUGGUUCCCACGAGAGUAUAAUGGCCGUUUCUUGAGCACAGGAAAUGGCGGACUUUCUGGAUGCAUCCAGUACUAUGACCUCGAUUAUACUGCAGGUUUCGGCUUUGCAGCUGUUGGUGCGAACAACGGACACAAUGGCACAUCUGGAUUACCAUUCUAUCAGGCGCCAGAAGUGGUCGAAGACUUUGCCUACCGAUCAGUUCACACGGGGGUUGUUGUGGGUAAAAAGCUGACGAACCUCUUCUAUGAAGAAGGAUUCAACAAGUCCUACUACCUCGGCUGCUCGACCGGAGGACGUCAAGGCUUCAAGGAGAUCCAAAAGUACCCUCGUGACUUCGAUGGGGUCUUAGCAGGCGCACCGGCAUUCAACUUCAUUAACCUGCUCUCAUGGAGUGCCCACUUCUACCCCAUCACUGGACCCGUAGGGUCAGAGACAUACUUGUCGCCCGACGAAUGGUCGGUGGCUCACGACGAGAUUCUGCGACAGUGCGACGGGUUAGACGGGGCGGAAGAUGGUAUCAUUGAAGACACCGACCUCUGCCAUCCUGACUUAUCAAACAUCAUCUGCCAGACCGAGUCAUCGGCCGACGGCGACGCCUGCCUCACCGCUGCACAGGUCAACACAGUCCACGAAGUCCUCUCCCCGCUUCGAAGCUCAAAGGGAAAGGUCCUCUACCCUCGGAUGCAGCCCGGCUCUGAGAACUACGCAGCGAAUAUUAUGUACAAUGGCGCACCGUUCCCAUACAGCCAGGACUGGUACCGCUAUGUCUUGUACAGCAAUCCCACCUGGAAUGCCACGAAAUGGACCGUCAAGGACGCCGAGCGUGCCCUGAGGCAGAACCCAUAUAACAUCCAAACUUGGGAUGCGGAUCUUACGCCGUUCCGCCGCGCGGGUGGCAAGGUGCUUACCUACCACGGUCUUCAAGAUCAGUUGAUCAGCUCAGAUAACUCGAAGCUGUACUAUCACCGGGUCUUGGAAACUAUGAAGCUGAAGCCGAGCGAGCUGGACGAGUUCUACCGGUUCUUCACCAUCAGUGGUAUGGCGCAUUGCGCUGGCGGUGAUGGUGCGUUCAACAUCGGGAACCGGGCUGCGACUGCAUCGAGGACUGAUCCAGAGGACAAUGUCCUGAUGGCGAUGGUCCGGUGGGUGGAGGAAGGUAUUCCGCCGGAGACUGUCCGCGGGGCCAAGUUCUCGGAUGAAGCUCGCUCAUCCGUGGAAUACUACCGCAGGCACUGUCGGUACCCUCGCAGGAAUGUGUAUAAGGGGCCCGGUAACUAUACUGAUGAGAACGCCUGGGAGUGUGUUUAA